AUGGUGCGAGCGCUGAAGGGACUUAGCCAUUGCUAUGUCGACCUCGCCUGCACCGAGUGCACCAACUCAAGAGAAUCAAGGGACACCUCUAGAGAGGUGUCCAGCGAAAGCGACACUGAGCAGAGUGGAUCAGACGAGGCCUGCUUCCUGGGCCCCUGCUGGCUACUCCCAGAUAUCCCAGAUUCAGACGAAGAUUUCCUUCUGGCGUUGGUUCGGCAAUGCACCUUCGCGAGUUUGAUCCAGUUUGUCAACAUACCGUUCUUCUUUUUCCUGGCGAGAAGUGGCUAUACCUGCGCUGCCUACGCUGCCAUCCUUGUGGCCAUGCUUGUCUCUGGUUCAUACCAGUUCUGGCUGAGGGACCGACUUUUGAUUUGGCUUCAGCAGCACAAGCACUGGCAUGCUCACAUCGAGAAAGUUAAACAUCUUGGAAGCCCUUCAUGCAUCCCUGGACUUUCUGUGGGUGGCCUGGUUUUUCUGCGCGGCAUCUACGAGACCAUAGACCCAUCAAUGGAUGCCUUCACUGCGGGUAAUUCACAUCACAUGUAUACGGCAAGAGUGGAGGAAGCUUUUUGCGCUUCCUGGCAGAAAACCUGGCUGGGUCCCAUUGCUUCACUGUUGGGGCUGCCCGGAGUGCUCGCUGUGAUCCUGUGCAUUGCAACCUUUUGCCAAAUUUACAAACUCUUCUCAGAGAGCCGACGGCUGAAGCUUCGCAUCGAGCAGAACACCAAUCUCAGCGAGGCGCACCGUCGCUGGCAAAUCUGGAUUCGGAUGUCACACCUGACCGAUGUGGGUGGGUUUAUGCUGCUACAUCAUCUUUUUAAAGAGCUGGUCCUCAUUGAAGUUUCCACUUCACCAGAUAUUUGGCCAAUUGCUGACCGAAAUGCUGCUUUCGAAGUGAAGAUCUUUGCUGAAUCUGUGCCAUCUUUGUGGUUUCAAAUCUCCCUUUUCUGCUUGACAUUUUCUGACGCCAGCCUGAAAAACGGGCUGCUCACUUUGAUGUCGAUCGGAACCAGCACCUUUACGAUAUUACAUUUCCUCUAUCUGCAGACCUUCGUGAUGCUUCAACUACAAAAAAUAGGUGAGCUGUGGCAAGUCAAAGAAACUGCUUUGAUCAUUUCAUACAUAGCAACUCUCGUUUGCUGGGCGCUCUGCAUGGUGAGACUUCCCGGAGCAUGGAUUUGCCCUAGUCAUAUUCUGAACGUCGAGUCCGGCUGCCUUCCCAAAGAAGGUUUGUAG